AUGUCUUCCUCAGCAUCAAUCGCCCCUGCUCCCGCAGCAAACAUCGUUCAAAGCAACCCUCCUGCUGUCUCAUCAAGGCAAUCAAGCGCCGACUACGACACCGCAUACCCCAUCGAGGUCCGCAAGUACCUCCGCACAUACGGCCUGACUCCUCCCGCCGUCGAGAGCUUCGAGACACAAGAAAAGAGAUGCCUCCAGCUCCUCGAGAACAAGCAAAAUCCCAUUGACAAGUACCAAUACCUCACCCACCUGAGAAACACAAACGUCAACCUCUUCUACCGUCUCUUGUCCGGCAACGUCAAGGAGAUCACUCCCGUCAUCUACACUCCCACCGUCGGUGAGGCCUGCCAGAGAUGGUCAGAACUCUACACCCAGCCCGAAGGCAUGUACCUCUCCUUCUCGGACAAGGGCAACCUCCACUCCAUCAUCCAGAACUGGCCCCACAACGUCGAGAUCACCGUCGUCACUGACGGCUCUCGUAUCCUUGGUCUUGGUGACCUUGGUAUCAACGGCAUGGGUAUCCCUGUCGGCAAGCUUGCUCUCUACACUGCCUGCGCUGGUAUCAGACCCGAUGCUACUCUCCCCCUGACCCUCGACUUGGGCACCAGCAACGAGCAGCUCCGCAACGACCCUCUCUACAUGGGCAGCAGACGCGACAAGGUCACCGCCGAUGAGGAGCGUGAGUUCCUUGACGAGCUCAUGGCUGCCCUCACCGAGCGCUGGCCCGGCAUCGUCAUCCAGUACGAGGACUUCAAGAACCCCUUCCCUUCGCUCGAGCGCUACCAGAACACCUACACCAUGUUCAACGACGACAUCCAGGGCACCGGUGCUGUCAUCCUCGGUGGCUUCAUCAACGGUGUCAAGCAGUCCAAGGUUGCCGCCGCUGACCAGCGUGCUGUCUUCUUCGGUGCUGGCUCUGCCGGUGUUGGUGUUGCCAAGCAGCUCGUCGAGUUCUUCAUGAACGAGGGUCUCACCGAGGACCGAGCCAGAAAGUGCUUCUGGUUGGUCGACUCCAAGGGUCUCAUCACCAACGACCGUGGCGACAAGCUUGCCGAGCACAAGCUCUACUUCUCUCGUGACGACAACGAGGGCCAGCAGUACAAGACCCUCGAGGACGUCAUCGAGUACGUUAAGCCCACCAUUCUUAUGGGUCUCUCCACCAUCGGCGGUGCUUUCACUCCUGAGAUCAUCAAGCGUAUGGCUGAGUUGAACAAGAUGCCCGUCAUCUUCCCUCUGUCCAACCCCAGCAGCAAGUCUGAGUGCACCUUCGAGGACGCCAUCAAGUACACUGAGGGCCGUGUCCUCUUCGCUUCUGGCUCGCCCUUCCCUGCUCUUGAGUACAACGGUCAGACUCUUGAGCCCGGCCAAGGUAACAACAUGUACGUCUUCCCCGGCAUUGGACUCGGUGCCAUCCUGUCCAAGGCUGUCAACGUCACUCAGUCCAUGAUCUACGCCUCUGGUAAGGCCCUCUCGGAGUCUCUUCUCCCCGAGGAGAUCGAGAAGAACUGGAUGUACCCUGACAUCCGCCGCAUCCGCGAGGUCAGCGUUGUCGUUACCUGCGGUGUCAUCCGCGCUGCCCAGAAGGCUGGCGUUGACCGCGAGCUCGGUCUCCGCAACAUGGACGACAAGGCCUUGACCGAGUACGUCCAGAAGCGCAUGUACGACCCCUUCGCCGAGGGCAAGAAGGUCCAGGAUGAGGUCAAGGAGCUUGCUUCCCACCUUUCCAAGCUUUAA